CUAAGUGAAACAAAACCAUCGGAAGAAACAGACGGCGGAGAAGAGCGAGGCGUCCCGAAUCUCAACGCUUCAUUCAGAAUUCAGGCGGCGCAAGGGAAGAAGGAGCGAGCGAUGCAGGCGCUGGCGGCGCGGGCGGCGCGGGGGAUGUGGCCGGCGGCGGCGGGGGCUGGGAGGGGGCAGGUGCAGGUGCAGGCGGCGCGGGGGAUCGUGGUGCAGGUGAGGGAAGGCAACCUGGAGCGCGCGCUGCAGGUGAUGGAGCGCAAGAUGCGGUCCAGCGGCGUCGAGCGGCUCAUCAAGCGCCGGACGGAGCACCACGUCAAGAACUCGGAGAAGCGCGUGCUCGCGCGCAAGGCGCUCAUGGCGCGCGUCCGCUCCCAGGAGCUCGGCAGGAGCCUCCGCGACAUCCUCAUCAAGAAGAUCAGGGGUCAGUAGUAAGGGCAUCUCUCCGUGGGCAGCAUUUCAGCAACAUUCGCCGGUAUUCCAGGAGGGUUACACCGCUAUUCGUCAUGGGUGCUCCAUGCUGAACAUGCAAUCAGUCUCCAUGGUGGGAUUUAGUAAUUGAACUGAUUGUUUUUUGUUGAACUGUAGAUCUGUGUAGAGCAGGUUGAUAAUAAUAGCUCAGCUGCAUGCCAAGAAUCUUUUCACCUAUUUGAUCAUAGGCAAGUUUAUGAUAAAUUAUUUGUUGAGGAACUUUUAAUGUGCAUCUUGGUAAAUGGUAAUGUACUUGGUGUCUCUGAA